CACACGCCGGCCCGCUCGGCCCUUUAACAAUGGGUGAGGCGGGCGGCGCCGUGUGAUGGCGGGGGAGCCCUCGGGACGCCGCGCCGCGCUCGGGUGCCCCGGCUCCUCCGCGGCCGUCAGCCCCGCCGCUGUGUAGGGCCCCGGCCGCUGAGCCGCGCCGCCAAUGGAGCUGGAGGCGCAGUGGUGGACAGGACAGCUGGCUGCCGACAUCCACCAAGCGCUUCGCUACAAGGAGCUGAAGCUGCCCUCCUACAAAGGACAAUCUCCCCAGUUACAUCUGAGAAGAUACUUUGCAGAUCUGAUUGCCAUUGUGAGCAAUCGGUUCAGACUUUGUCCUGCUGCACGACAUCUAGCUGUAUAUCUGUUGGACCUCUUUAUGGAUCGUUAUGACAUAUCUGUACAGCAGCUGCAUGUGGUUGCUCUUUCCUGUUUACUUCUAGCAAGUAAAUUUGAAGAAAAGGAAGACAGUGUUCCCAAACUUGACCAGCUGAACAGCUUGGGUUGUAUGACUAACAUGAACCUGGUACUAACAAAACAGAAUUUGCUUCACAUGGAGUUGUUGUUGCUAGAAACAUUUCAGUGGAAUUUGUGCCUCCCAACUGCUGCUCAUUUCAUCGACUAUUAUCUUUCUAUUGCUGUCCAUGAGACUGAUCUUCAUGAUGGCUGGCCAAUGGUUUGCUUAGAGAAGACUAAAUUAUAUAUGGCAAAAUAUGCUGAUUACUUUCUGGAAGUAUCCCUUCAAGAUCAUGCAUUUUUAAAUUACGCUCCUUCUUUAGUUGCUACUGCAUGUGUAGCCUCUUCAAGGAUUAUCUUGCGUCUCUCACCAACGUGGCCUACCCGACUGCAUCAUCUUACUGCAUACUCCUGGGAUUUUCUAGUGCCAUGUAUUGAGCGACUAUUAAUUGCGCAUGAUAACGAUGUGAAGGAAGCAAACAAGCAAAAAGGACAACAUGCUCAGUCUGCCCAACACACUGUUUUUCAGACCCCAGCUCCAACUCCACAGCAGGCUAAUGCUCAACAGCACAUACCACAGUAUCUCCAAGCUCAUCAGUCUUCAUUACAGUAUCACCAUCAGACAUCACAGCAGCAAAACUGUCAACAGAUACUAUCAUCUAAUCAUACAGCAUCUUACCCACUUCAGACUUGCCCUGCUGCCCUACAGUCUAGUGUUCAGGCUCGAGGCCAUGCACAGACUAGUGCUGCAAUGUCACUCGCUGCUCCGCUAGAAGUGAAGCCAUGUAUAAGUGUCUCCUACAACCGGAGUUAUCAAGUGAAUGGACGAUAUUCCUGUAUCACUCCCUGCUUUGAGAGGUGAUAAGUACAGAAUAGUUUUGUGCUUGUUUGGGGUGGAAAGUUGUGUUGAGGGGAAUUGUUUUGGGUUGGAUUUGUUUUGGGUUUUUUUUUUUUUGUUAACCCUCAAAUAAGUUUGAGGGUAACAAAUCAAAUAAGAGUGUCUUUCUAGGAAAAAAAGGCAACUGGAUUGGCAAGCAGUACCAUAGGUCAAAUACAGACUUGAAACAAGCACACAGAACACCCUCCAAAAAGAAUGUGUAUACCUGGGGGUAAUAAGUUCUUACUCUGGCACUCAGAAUACUCAGUGCUUCUAACGCACAUCUUUGAAAUACUAGUAAAAAAUAGCUGUGGAUUAACUAUAGACUUACCUUUUAAUGAAGGAGAUAUGCAGUAUUAUUUUGAAGACAUUUAUUUAAUACCACCAUACAGUAUUAACAGUUGAAAUUUACGGAAACUUUUUACUGAAACAGAAUCUAUUGAAUGCCAGGUUUCUCCAGAUACAUGGGAACCACAGGAAGAAACAAAUCUCAUCUGGCUAACUCCAUACUCUUGCCCUUUUUUCAGCAUAUGUGUUGGAUAUUUGCUUUAGGCUAAGGCAUUUGAAUUAACUGGUAUUUUGGCUAGUUCUUCAGUUUUGUACCUCACAGGAUAGACCCUAUAUUUUUGCUUCUUUUCCCUGUCCUUAAGUUUAAAGUAACUCUUUCAUACUAACUCAGGGAAUUUUCUAUUCAUUACUCUGUGCUGCUGGUUUGUACACUUAAUUGGGUAUAACUUGAAGGGAGAAAGGUAAAGAGGGAAGAGACUAUAGCAAGUGGAGUGGCUUUUCUUCAGGGCAUCUAUAUGCAGGAGUACCAAAGGGAUAUGUUAGUAUUCACAGAAUGUAGAUGUAAGCUACUGCCCAGCAGCGUGCUACUGAAUAACUGAAGAAAAGAGUUUCAGAUGAAUUUAUACUGUACCAGAACUACUACAGUGGCUACGAUUCCUCUGUUUAUACACAAACACACAUGUAUUAUUAAUCAACAGAGAGCAUCCUCCAGUUGUACUGACAGUAUCACUCAUACAGAAAAAGUACAGUUAAAUGUACUUUCAGGCUUAUAGUGGAGGAAAAUUCUCAGGUAAUAGUGGGGUAACUUUUUCUUCUACUAUUUUGGAUUUCUAGAAGAAAAUGCAGAGAUUUACUCUUCUAAAUGGGUGGAUCAAAAAUAUAUUGCAGAAUGAACUGCUUUAUCACAAUUAAGGUGCUAAUUAUGUAACUUUAUGGAAUUACACUAUCUCCUGUGGAGUGGAUAGUCAGAGGGUAGAAAGGUUCACUCAUCCAACUAUUGGAUGAAAAUGGUGAUAUUAAUGGAGAAUUUUUUUUUUCUUUAAAUACAAGAAGAUACCUGACUUUCUCCUGUGGUGGAAUAUGGGAGAGAGAGGGGUACAGGUGACAGGAUUCUUACUACUUUAAAAUAUCUAUGGUUUGUGGACUUGAGUUUUUUUUUAUUUGUUCUUUUACCACCUUCAGGCCUGUCUUAGUGGCAGCACUUAAAAUGGUGUACCAUCUAAUGACCCUGAAGUAUUGUAAUCUUACAGAGACUGUUUUCAAAGCAGGAGCAAUUAAGAUAACAUUAUCAAUAUUUAUCACAGAAGAAGGGCCUUACCAUAAUGUUCAGAGUGGAGGGAAGACAGCUGUGUUCAUUCUUUCCUGGGCUGAAUGAUAACAUGCUACAAAAACCUAUAUAUUGUGGAGGAGAAGAAAUCCUGUUUCUCUCGGUGUGUUUUGGUUUGUUGGGGCUUUUUUGCAUAAAUCCCAAUUUUUGUGGUGGGAUUUGUAGCAUGUAUGUGCAAAUCAGGAGGGUGGAUGAAAGAGAUGAUCCUCUGCUUUAUGUUACAGAAUCAACUUUGAAAUAGGCAUAGUGGGGUCAAUUUUUAAAUAAAGUGCAAAUUGGUUUGGU